GCUCCGGGCUGUGGUGCAAUUCUCUCUGGAUGCUGCCCAUCGGGUUUUUUUUUUUUUGCCUGUUGCCACCAGCAACAGUCUCAGCAACGGCCCGUCCUUGUUGCUAUGGUAGCAAUACACAAAUCCUCACCACUUUCGCAACAGCCUGACCCUCCCCCAACUGCUCCUUCAUCUCUUUCCUUCCGACCCUUACUCCCAAAUCUGAAGUUCUUCUUACGUAUUUUCGGAGUCAAAAAGGAGUAUUUAAGGGAUCUGGGAGUCAGACCUGGAUUUGACCAACCUUCACCUUAAGGACUCUCAACCCCAGAAAGGAAGAUGUCUGAUGAUGAGGACUUGGAAGAAUAUGAUCCAGACCAGGAUGAACCAGCGGAGGAAAAGGAGAAUAAAGAGGAAGGAGAAGGGGAAGAGAAGGAGGGAGGGGAAGAAGCUGAAGAGUUUAUCCCCAAUCCCAUCACUGAGGACACAAUGAAGGAAGGUCUCUCUUUGCUCUGCAAGACCGGCAAUGGACUCUCCCAUGCUUAUGUGAAGCUGGAGGCCAAGGAUAAGGAACUGACUGACAUUUCUCUGCUGUCCUCCUACAUCCACCUGCGUUAUGUGGAUCUGUCUGGGAACCGGCUGUCGGACUUGUCGCCACUCAACAAUCUGACUCACCUGCUCUGGCUCAAGGUGGACCACAACCGGCUACAGAGCGCCCAGAUGUCAGAGCUGCCCUACUUGCAGAUCGCCAGCUUUGCCUACAACCAAAUCACUGACACUGAAGGCAUCAGCCAUCCCAGAUUGGGCAGCCUGGAUCUCAAAGGGAACAACAUCAAGGAAGUAACAGGCCUGGACCCCCAAAAGCUGGUGAACCUGCACACGCUCGAGCUCCGUGGGAACCAGCUGGAGACCACACUAGGAAUCGAACUCCCCAAGCUGAAGAAUCUCUUCUUGGCCCAGAACCAGCUGAAGAAAGUAGAAGGACUUGAAGGACUGAGUCAUCUCACUACGUUGCAUCUUCGGGACAAUCAGAUCAGUGUUCUAACUGGCUUCUCCCAUAAAAUGAAGUCCCUGCAGUACCUCAAUCUUCGGGGGAACUUAGUGACAAAUCUAGGAGAACUGGUUCUGCUGAGAGAUUUGCCCCGACUUCGUGCCCUGAUCCUGUUGGAGAACCCAUGUACAGACGAGACUGACUACAGGCAAGAAGCCCUGAUCCAGAUACCCCAACUGGAGCGGCUGGACAAGGAAUUCUAUGAGGAAGAAGAGCGGGCAGAGGCGGAUGAAAUUAGACAGAGGAUGAAGGAAGAGCAAGAACAGGACAUGGAACAAGACCCGGACCACUUUGGAGACAAGGAGUUAGAGGACCCAGAUGACAUCCUCUGAGGUGCUGGUGUGUGUGAUACUGGUCUCCCCAUCACUUUCUUCUUUCCCUUGGAAAGAUCAUAACCUUAGUCCAUCCUUGGAAGAAGAGGACCCAUUCAUUCCUCCUCCCCUGGAUCCUAGGAGUUGCAAGCAACUACAGCUCAGGAUCUGAGAAAGAAGUGAUAAAGAAAGCAGAGAAAGGAAGGAAGGCAGACCUAGAGGGAAUUCUUUGUUUUUUACUUCUUAGUUUUUCUCAGCAGAACUGGUGGGGGUGUGGAGGUGUAGAACAGUCGGAUAGCUUAACAGGGUCCAGGCAAACCUGAAAGGGGAAGGGAGAGUCCUAGGGGAAUUUAAAGGCUGCUCUGAAUCUUGACAAGGUAAAACAAGUUGGGGAGGAGAGUGCCCUCCGGAGCUGGGUGGAUUGAAUUGUUUCUUUUUCCAAUAAAGAAAUUCAUGCC